UCAGCUCAGUGACGAACUUCCUGGUCACAUUUUGUCGUAGGUCCCAGUUCCCCCCUUGUUGAUGGGUAUGUUAUGCUCCUGUACAGCGGCAGGCAACAGGGAGGACACGGUUUGAAAGCGGAGACGCGGACUCAAAAUGAGAAAAAAGACCAGAUUAUCAGCCCGGAGAGAGCUGUCACAUAACUAGCGUGGUCGGAGUCAGAUAAGAAGAGGAACUACAAUUGCUUUUUACUCUGUGUUACGCUUAGCCCAAGGACAUACGGGCUGGGUGGGUGGGGGGGAGCAGCAAACACACAGGCGAGACUCGGGGACUGGGGUGCGGGAUUUGGAUGGCAUUUACCAGGACCAGGGAACCUAAAGCGACAUGAGCUGUGAAUACGUUUGGAUAUCAUGUCUUGACUACAAAAGACUAAUUAUCCGCGGAUAAACUGCAGCGGCACGUCAGAAAUAAAGGCCUCCUCCAAUGGAGCACUGUGCUCUUUAAUCCAGCCUAGAAACCUCCCUGACAGGCAGCGACGAGCUACGGCAAAGGGUGAGGUAUCCGAGUGAGCACGGGGGAGUUAAAAAAAAAAACCCACUUUGCUUAAUGUUGACGCGAAAUGCAUCAAGGGCUAAAGCUAAUGUUGCAAUAUCGCUGAAUUUCCCUUUGCUGCUGCGGAGCAUGGCUCAGUCUAAUUUUCUCCGAGCAUCUGUGAUAACGUUUGUUCCAGCCCUUCAGUUUUUCCUCUUCCUCUCUUUUUCUGUUCAACAGGACGCUUUAAUCGCAAUUGAAGGAAUUUAUGGGAUCGCAAGUUUCCUCUGAUGAGAUGAGUGUGCGUGCGGGCCAGGGCAGUGAUGAGGUGCUGGUUUCACAGGCAGUGUGGGAUUACCUGGCUGCAGCUGGGCGGCCCUGGCUCAUUGACUUCCAGCUCAAACAGGGGAUGAGUGCUGGCAUCAUUAGGCGAGGGGAGAGGGGGGGCUGCUGCGCCGUGAGGCUGCAGCCCGUGGAGGGCUUCAGGACGGCCGGAGCCGGGGUGAUGGAUGGACCCAUCUCCAGCGAGACGCGAAAAGCCUUCAUUGACUUAUGCCGCUGUGCCCGCAAAGAAAUGAGCAAACAGGAGGGGGGGCAGAAGAGGAAGAGGGUUCUGCUGCCCUGUGUGGGAGUCCUGGAGCCGAACGGCGAGGGGAGCCUGCUCCAGCCUCCGCCUCCCCAGCCUCGGCGCUCCCAGAGACAGCAGCAGAGGUUCAGGAAGCCCGCUGAUGAGGAGGCCUGCGCCAUGCUCCACGAGGCAGCCCAGAGAAAGGACAUGGACUCCAGCUUGGCUUCCCACAGCGAGGCAGAGGACAACAACACUUGUUCAAUCUGCAUGGGGGACAUAGUGGAGAAGACCACCCUGGAGAGGUGUGGCCAUUCGUUCUGUCGCUCUUGCCUGGAUCAAGCCUUUAAGGUGAAGAAAGCGUGUCCUGUGUGUCGGCUGGUGUACGGCCAGCUGAUUGGAAACCAGCCUGCAAAUGGUACGAUGAUCGUAGAGAGAGAUCCUGAUCUGGAGAUUCCUGGCCAUGAAGGCUAUGGGUGUAUCUGCAUCAUCUACAGUUUCCCUCCUGGCCUACAGGCGCCUGAACACCCAAACCCAGGCGUUCGGUACCCAGGAACAGACCGCGUGGCCUACCUCCCUGACAGCCCUGAGGGGAACCGUGUGCUGGGCCUGCUGCGUCGGGCCUUCGAACAGCGCCUUAUCUUCACCAUCGGUACCUCCAUGACUACGGGCAUGCAAAAUGUCAUCACCUGGAAUGACAUUCACCACAAGACCUCAAUAUGGGGCGGGCCCCGCUGUUUUGGCUACCCAGACCCCACUUACCUGGUACGAGUGACAGAGGAGCUCAGAGAGAAAGGCAUCACAGCAGACUGACAGCACCAAAACGACACUCUUCCAGGACUUUGUAAGACUUUCUGAGCGUCCUCGUCCUUGCAGUGGACAUGACUCGGCUCCAGGUUGUGCUCUGAGACUGCCCGUCCCUCAAAGGAUGGCUGAAGACAAGACCCUCAGCAGACGAGCGUCUAAUGCUGCAGCAGAGCCCACAUCACUCCACUAGCUGUUCCUCUGUUUGUUCAUUUUCCUUCAGAGUUGAGCUUCACCCAGUGCUACAUGUGGAAGAAAAUACUUUGAGUGCGGUGCAUUCUUGUAUUACACAAUCCUCUACCUGUCACAUUUGGCAAUAGGACCGAUAUCUGAUGCACUUAUUUAAGAGCAUUGUGGUUGUUGGAACUCAUGGUACUUAUAUAUUAUUUAGGAAAACUAAGUUUAAUGUUACAAAGACAGUUUAUGUUAUAUUAAUGUUUAUUUCUCCUCUGGGGAUUACUUUGUUUCUUACAAGCACACAUUCUUGGUUUUAUCUCCCCAGAAAUGUUUGUUGAGUAAGUCUCUGAUUUGAUUGUUACUAAUUACUUGUUGUAAGGAUCAUAUGGCAGAAUAGCACUGCUUGAACAGAAAGAAUUCAUUUUCUGAAGUUACUGCAAUCUAAAGCACUCACAGGCACUUUGAUAAGGCAGUCUUGUUUUUCUUUGUUUUUUCAGUGAGGUAGGUCAUGUAGGAAGUCAUGGUUUUUGCUUCCUCUGUUUGGAAGAGUGCUCGGGGCAAACAGGUUUGUGCAGCCAUCAGCUAUUAGCUCGGUGACCACAAGUUGAUGUCAGUUGCUUGGAACUCUUCAUUUGCGUGUGAUCUUCAUAUUUCCUCCCCUCCAUUUUUACUUAAAGAGGAAGAAUGUUAGACAGUGUCUCAUUGCAGCACCUUUUAUCACACGCAUUAGGACCUCCACCUGGGUUUUUUUUUCCCUUACUUUGUUUUCCAUUGCUCACCCCUGUUAUUUCAAGAUGUCUCCCAGGUGUUGAGCCCAUUACCUCAGUUGUUAGUAGUAAUGUGCUCAUCUAAUUACCAGAUUUAAGACGAUGUCAAAUGCAAAGGGCAUAUAGACCACUUAAACCAAAUCGAAGGCACAAAAGCUCUUAAAAAUAUCUAUGCCUCUGUCCCUGUCAAACUGGGAGAUUUGCCUGCUAAUGUUCUCAUUUAAAAUGAGGUAACUGUUGUAAAUUUCUUUAUCUGAAUAGAUAAUCUAUGAUACACAGUGAAAAAAUAACAAAAUAAAAUGUUGCGGGAACAAUUGAUCUGAUUUUGGGUGGGUGGGAUACUGAUUUUGUCGUGCCUUUCUUAUAUUCACUUUUGAUAAAAAUCAAGCAUGAUGUUACUAAUGAAUGGUAAGCAGUUGGGCGUAUUUUGGUGUCAUUUGAUAGGUAAGCAGCAUUAUGUUUGUAGGUAUACUAUCUGGCUUUAAGUACAAACACUACACAGUUCAUGAAAAUAUGUAUACUAAUGUGUAUUAAAUUAGCUUCUCCUUCAUAAACAUUCUUGUAGUCCAAAUGCUGAAAAAAAAAACCUCAAUGUGUGAAAGUGCUUUGUUAAGUACAGUAUCCUGCUUGGCUAGUGGUAAAUUUGUCAUUAAUUUGACUGGUUACAUCCAUAAAUCAAAUACCCUUUUAUUAUGUUUUCAUCCCCCUUGUAUUUUAGUUAAGGGACCAACUGAAGUAUAUUUGGGACACAGGAUUGUAGUUUACUAAAGCUACUGUGCAAACAUUUCUAUGCAUAACAUGACUGAGGAGGAGCCAGGAGGAUGGAUAGUAGAGAGAUUACACAUAUUACAAGUUGAUUGUUAAAGAAAAGUUGGAGUUUUGCUUUUCUAAUUGUGUUGAUUCGUACUUUGUUGAUAUUCAGAAUAAUGUGCUUUACAUUUUAAUACUUGAAUAAAAAGUUAUGUUUCGGUU